CCUCUCCUCCAUUACCUUCGACCCUUUAUCUUUCUCUCCCUCCACAUCUCUCUCUCUCACAUACAAAUAGAGAGAGAACAAUGAGGAAGCCUUGUUGUGAUAAGCAAGACACCAACAAGGGAGCAUGGACCAAACAGGAGGACGAGAAGCUCAUUAACUACAUCCGCGCCCAUGGAGAAGGUUCUUGGAGAUCACUUCCCAAGGCUGCAGGACUGCUUCGGUGCGGUAAGAGUUGUAGGCUACGAUGGAUAAACUACCUACGGCCCAAUGUUAAGAGAGGGAACUUUGGGGAGGAUGAAGAGGACCUCAUCAUUAAGCUCCACGCUCUUCUUGGCAAUCGGUGGUCAUUGAUAGCUGGAAGGCUGCCUGGACGAACAGACAAUGAGGUGAAGAAUUAUUGGAACUCUCAUCUUAGGAGGAAGCUCAUGAGUAUGGGGAUCGAUCCCAACAACCAUCAUGUCAGCCAGAGAGUCCCUCUCCACCAGCCUCAAAACUCGGGGAAUGUAACGUUAUUAGGUGGGCCUGUGAACCAUGAACGCAUGGAAUGCCAGCAAUUGAACCCUGUGACGGAGAAUGAUCGAGUGUCUGAUAGUGAGAGCUGCCUGGAGGACAAUGCCUCCAUGUUGCCUGACUUGAACCUUGAUCUCACGAAGUCCAUUCCUUCUCCACCUCCUACAGUUGUGGAGUGGAGGCCAGAAUCCGAAGAGUUGAAGGCAUCAUCGGAACUAGGGAAUGCAACCAAACCGACACUCCUCCUCUUUAGAUAACCUGAUAAUGCUUAAUAUUGAAUUGGUGAACAUUAAGGGAGAGCUUCUUAAUAUUAGUUUGAAGCCUAAAAUGAAGGGUAGAUUGUGGUCUCUUCUUAAUGCUAGUUAUGUACCUCUAUUAGCUAGGAUUUAGGUUUAAGGCCAUGUAAGGGAAACAAGGUAGAUGGCAGUGCAGCAAGUUUGAUUCCAUGAUAGAAAUUAUAUAUUUUUUUGGCUAUCA